ACUUUUUAUAACAGCGACAUCGAAAGCGAGGCUCGUGUAUUACGCCACCUGAUCUGAGAUGGCUACUUUCGCCUUCAGAGAACAACUGCACGUGAUGGAAAACGUACCGAACUGUUGAGCAGAACACAGGCAUUCGUGCAAUCGAAUACAAGCAUGGAAUCUGAGGAGAGGGAUUUGUGUAAACACUGCAAGAAACCAUUUGAAAGGCGCCCAAAGGGCUAUCACAGGCAAAGGUGUUCUCUUCUUCUCCCGGAAAUAAAAACUGGAUUUUACUGCUUGACAUGCUUCAAGUUGCUGAAAAGAGGCAGUGUGCCAUUUCCUGGAAACUCUGCCUUAGUGACAGGUUCUACAAAUUCUCAGAAUAUCUCAUCUGAGUGUCCGUUAACGAAUCUCAGCUCAGCAAAUUUAGAGAUUCAUUCUUGUGGAACCAGAGCAGAGGUUCCAAUGGAUAAAGACAUGGAGUCUGAGGAGAAGGAUUUGUGUAAACACUGCAAGAAACCAUUUGAAAGGCGCCCAAAGGGCUAUCACAGACAAAGGUGUUCUCUUCUUUUCCCGGAAAUAAAAACUGGAUUUUACUGCUUGACAUGCUUCAGGUUGCUGAAAAGAGGCAGUGUGCCAUUUCCUGGAAAACCUGCCUUAGUGACAGAUUCUACGAAUUCUCAGAGUACCUCAUCUGAGUGUCUGUUAACAAAUCUCAGCUCAGCAAAUUUAGAGAUUCACUCUUGUGGAACCAGAGCAGAGAUGCAAACUAAAACUUCGGGGAUGAGCAGUAGAAUUCUUAAUGGUAAUAAAAACCACAGAAAUAUCUCAUGUGACCCUGCUGUGUCACUGUGUGAAGAGGAAUCCAAAAAACUGAUGAAGAACUGCGUUUCUGACAGCAGUUGUCAAUCAGACACACCUGCCCUUAAUAUGGCCUAUUCUGGGAAUCAGAACAGGAGUUGGAUGAAUGGUAGCACGGAAACAUUCCAAGUUUCCUGUACAACAGUAUAUUCCCAACUGAGCAGACGUUUCAGUGUGAGUCCAUCAAGUGGCUGGCAGCUGGAUAAUUUUGACGGCCAACGAACUUCUGCACUUGGUAGGCAUUGCGGUGAAGAGGGAUACAGUAGAUCUGUACAGAUGCUUUUACCGUUAAAUGUGAUGAAGAAUGAGUCCCAGCUUGACACACAGCUGGAACCUGGAGAAAUUAUCUUGGGUUUACAAGAUAGUAGACCUAGAUCUAGCUCAGCUGACGGCCUUAUUGGGAGCUAUGUGGGCAAAUGCAUGUCACUGAAUCCACAGAGAUAUGGUGACAUCAAGGAAGAAGCUGUAAAAACUGUAUCGCAUGAGGCACCGCCAGGACAGCCCGGUAUUUCUGUAGAAACAUGCCAGAAGUGUGAUGGGAAUUCUCAGGGAGACAUGUCCACGAUUAAGGAAGAAUGUGUUAAGGUGGUUGGGGCUGGAAAUUGUGGUCACAGUCAUCAUUCUAGCUGGAAAAAUUUUGAUAUUUGUCUGCCCUCAAACUUUACCUGGAUAUCCCAACCCUAUGUAAUGCUAAAACCGUUAACUGAAGCUGACCUGAAAAAUAAUGGUUGCAAACUCAACAGUAGUGGUACUGAUAGCAGGAAAGGUGAAAAGGCUGCCGACAGUGAUAGGAGUAAUGUUGAGGAAGACAGAAAUGAUAGUACUAAAGAUGGAAUUAGUGUUAAUGACGAUAAAGCUGGAAAUGAUGAUGAUGGUGAAGAUGAUGAUGAUACAUCUGGUGGUAUGAGUGACAUUGAUUCUUCUCAGUUAGACCCUGACUGGAAGGAGUGCUCUCGGGAGGGUGGGGAUGGUAGUAGUCCGUCUGUAAGUGACAGGAAACCCUCUGCCCCAGAGAGGUGGAAAUUUAUACUCUGUCCAAAGUAUAUAAAGGCAGAAAUAAAGUUUUUAGAGAAUUUAAGUGCGGCAAUGGAUGGGAAGAAGAAAUGUGACAGUGGUGGAAGUAUUGAGCAGGUGACGUUAAGCUGCCUUCUCUGCGGCCGAACAUUUAAAUAUUUGGAGGAGCUCAGCCAGCAUAUGGCCAAUGUCCAUGGUACCACUCUCGAUCUACCCCUCAAGUGUGAACAGUGUAAGGUUUUAUUUCCCACAUUAAUUAAACUUAAUGAACAUGUUGAAGUAGACCAUCGAUGUAAGAAAUGGUGUCCGAUGUGUGGAUUAAGCUUUGGAAAUGAGAGGAACAGAUCCUAUGUUUCUCACCUUUACAUUCACUUUCCAUGUUAUAGCUGCAAAGAUUGUGACGCCCGAUUUUCUGUGGUACGAGAUCUUAUGCUGCAUACAAGCCAAACAGGUCACCAGCCUGCGAACAAGUGCGACAGAUGCAAACAUGUGGCCAAAUCGGAGAAAUGUUUAAGACGCCAUGUACAAAAGCAUGACAAAAGUGGUUUUUAUAAGUGUGAUUUAUGUGAUGCAGCAAUAAAAAAUCCAUGGGGUAUAAUCAGCCACUAUGCUACACAUCCUGGCAUUAGAAUCUACACAUGUCCAUUUUGCAAGAAAAGCUUAAAGAGCCAGAAAUCUGUCACUAGUCAUGUGCGUCACUAUCAUGGGCCUAAUAUAUGUCCCUGCCUAAUCUGUGGAAAGAUAACCCCUAAAGUAUUAUUAAAGACUCACAUGGUCACCCAUGCUCGUAAGACUCAUGGCUGUCCAAAAUGUGAUAAAAAAUUUGCCUCGACUGAACGUGUUCAGAACCACAUAAAAUACAUUCACACCAGAGAUCAUAGCAAGAGGCCAUUCUUGUGUGAUUUGUGUGGUAAGGGUUGGCCCAGCAAGUCUCAUCUACUAUUACACCAACAAGUGCACAGUGACCAAAUGUUUUUCCAGUGUGACUUGUGUGGCAAGCAAUUUAAGAGAAGACAUAAUCUUACAAGCCACUUCAAAUCCCACUCACUGCAACGCGACUAUCAAUGUGAUAUCUGUGGGGAUCGCUUUAAGUGGAAACACAAUUUGGAGAAUCAUCUGAAAACACAUUCAUAGGAAUCUUCUCAUUCUGGGUUUAUAUAUACUGGUACUCCAGUUUUUAGUCUUCAUCAUUACAUCUCAGCCAAAUUUUGACAAAGGGUAUCGUCAGAGUGAUACUAGUACAUGUUAGCCUAUGCAUUGUGAAAACAUGUUCAGAACUAUAUCUGCAUGUAAAUCUGUAUAUGAGCAUGGAGGUAAAAUGGUGGAUCGCCCAAACAUGCAAAAGCUGAUCCCAUAAUGGUGGAUCGCCCAAACAUGCCCAAGCUGAUCCCACAAUGGUGGAUCGCCCAAACAUACCCAAGCUGGUCCCAUAAUGUUGGAUCGCCCAAACAUGCCCAAGCUGAUCCCACAAUGGUGGAUUGCCCAAACAUGCCCAAGCUGAUCCCACAAUGGUGGAUCGCCCAAACAUACCCAAGCUGGUCCCAUAAUGUUGGAUCGCCCAAACAUGCCCAAGCUGAUCCCACAAUGGUGGAUCGCCCAAACAUGCCCAAGCUGAUCCCAUAAUGGUGGAUCGCCGAAACAUGCCCAAGCUGAUCCCAUUGUGGUGAGUGCAAAAUGACCUUUGACGUAGUUCCUCAGAUCAAGAUCAUAUUUGAGUUAGUUAAUUAUAAGUUCAUGUCUGUAAUUCUGUACAAUGUUGGUGUCUCCAAGACCAUUGAACUGUACGAAUCAAUAUCUGGCAAAU